AUGGAACCAGAUGCAAUCCAGAAAGAUGUUGAUAAUAGUUCUGCUGAAUCGCAGCAUAUGACAUCUGAACAGAAGUUCACCCUCGUAUUAAUUUGUGUUUGUAAUCUAUUCCUAGCAACUUACUUCUCCAUGCUUGGACCGUUCUUUCCACAGGAGGCCAACAAGAAAGGAGCUUCAGAAACAAUGACAGGCCUCAUCUUUGGAAUAUAUGCAAUUGUUGUGUUUCUAACUUCACCGUUCCUUGGAUCAACUGCAAGCUGUAAUAUUAUACAUGCCAAUAUGUUGUCACUGUUCAAGAUGCCUAUCACAUUCAUAGUGUAUUACAUUAUAUUUGUGGGAUGUCUCACUCUUAGUUUCUUAGAUGUUGCAUACUCUUUGCAUUUAGAACCAUUCCAUUUAAGUCCACUCUUGCUUGGCAUUGUGUUCCUUGUGGCACCCGCGGUAUAUGCCUUGACAGCCCCCUUUCUUGGCUGGAUCAUGGACAAAAAGGGCUGGUGUAAAAGUGCGAUGGCUUUAGGAGGAAUGUUGAUUUUAGUAUCAUUGUCAUUAAUAGGGCCAGUGCCAUUUCUGUCUCUACCUAUGGAAUCGCUCUGGUUGAAUGUUGUGGGCAAUGUAGUGCUAGGCUUAGGUAUUUCUCAUCUUCUAGUCCCCCCACUCCAGGAACUUUUGGUUGCUGCAUUUGAAAGUGGAUACCCUGACAAUCUUGAAACUUAUGGAAUAACUUCAGGACUUUACACAUCAGCUUAUUCUAUUGGAGGAUUUGCGGGUGCCAUUGGAGGCGGAUCUUUAUUAGAUAAAGUAGGUUUCCCAUGGACAGCAUUUAUUAUGGGUCUUGUGGGAGCUUCGUGCACAUUACUUCUGGCCUUAUAUCAUCUUACAACAAAGUUUUGUUGUAAGUCCAAAGAUGAGAUACCUGGAGAACACAUUCCUUUGAUUCCAUAAUAUGCUGCAUGUUUUUGAUAUCAGCUUAUUUUUGGACAAUGCAAUGUCAUGAUUUGGAUUAAAUUUACAACGAUAAGAUACCUGGAGAACACAUUCCUUUGAUUCCAUAGUAUGGUG